AUGAGGAUUUUAAUGUUGGGAUUAAAUGGAACAGGAAAAAGUACAAUUUUGUACAGGUUACAGGUUGCAGAAAUCAUUCCUGCUCUUCCUACUAUUGGAUUCAAUGUUGAGAUGGUACCGUAUAAGAAACUUACAUUCCAAGUCUGGGAAUUUAUCAGGCCAUACUGGGGAUGUCAUUAUUCAAACGCAGAUGCAGUCAUUUAUGUAGUAGACAGUUGUGACCAGAACCAAAAUGGCAUUUCCAAAUCACAGUUAUUUGCCAUGUUAGAGGAAGAAGAACUGAGAAAAGCCAUUUUGGUGGUAUUUGCAAAUAAGCAGGACAUGGAACAGGCCAAGACUCCCAUAGAGAUGGCACAUUCACUUAGGUUGCCUGCCUUGAAGGACCGUAAAUGGCAAAUAUCAAAACUUUAG